AGGCGUCUCGGACGGUCAGUCGAAACUGCGCAUCAGCUAUCCACUACGUAUCCCACCCCAAUUUUCUAUCUGCACCCGCUCUGUGUUCCUCUUGACUCCGUUCCCAACCAUCUCUACCCCUAUCCGUAGCAGCAAACAGUGGUGGCGCGUCUCCCCCAAGGACGGCUCUCUCCGGCGGGCGAAAAGGAAUAGCCUGCUACAUACUCGCGGUGUGAAGGCGGGGAGCGCGAAUCAUGGGGACUUCCGCGGCCCAGGAAUCGGAUCUCUGGAAGCAAAUCGACGACGCCGAGUGCUAUCUGGUCAGCGGAUCCUUCGACAAGGCGGUUUUGUCUGCAUUAUCCGUCUCUGAUCAAAUUCGAGCGGAUGCUGCGCGGGAGGUGCAUGACGGUGAUGAGCUAUUGGAAAUGCUUGAGUUAGCUGGGAUGGUACUCGCUCAGGCACUUAAAGAGCUCAGAAGGACAUCUGAGAUGUUUAUUCAGCUUAAAGCUAUGUUUGGUUCAGUGGCAUCAGUACCAGUGAAAGUUUUCCUGACAGGGGCUACCAUGCUAAUGGCUGAAGGAUCUGGGCCUGACCUUCGACCAGUUUUUGAGGAGUACCUUGCUCAAUGGAGAUAUACAGAUGAUCAGGUUUAUGUUUUGAAUGGAGGACAGGAAAGAUCCUCAGAUGGUCUUAUUGUUACAUCAACUAUGGCACCUGAAGAGUAUUUGGAGGUCGCAGAAUUGUAUACAGUUACGUUUCUUGGCAUUGCCUCCAAUGAGCCUGCAAGUGCCAUCGCAUGGGUAGAAAAGGCAGAAUUAAGUGAACAAGAUCAACAGGUUACUAAAAAACUUCAUACAUUACAAGCAGCCGCGAAGAAAAAGUCAUCAGCUGCUACAGGGGCAAAACAGUCAGCAGAAAGGAACCUUUCCGCUACCGUGAACGACAAAACACCACCGACACCUGAGGAUGCUCCAACAAGCACCACACGUGCACCCAAUGGGAAAACACAUGGCUUACCAAAGUCCAUCGAACCUACCCUACAGCAUGUCACAAAUAAAUUUGAUCCCGUGUUUUGGUGGUUUCAUUCAGUUCGGGUAAAGGUUGGCAAAACACAUAUCGUUCUGCCAAGUGGUAAACUGAUGCUUUUGUUCUCGCUGCUGUUCUCUACACUUUAUGUUCUCCGGAGGAAAGGUGCCGGCUUGAAGAGGGCUAUAUUCCAGCAAGCUUCAUCCCUGCGACGAGCGUUCCUCGAUGCCCUGCAACUCGCCUUCUCGGUGCAGAUGAACCCGCUAGCUGCUGUUCAACAGACGCCACAGGCCCCUCGAGGAAGCUGGUGAUACACUGAUACAAUGUACUUACCCAUCCCAACCUGUAACUAGCAAUACCUGAAUUGUAAUCCGGCACACCGUGAUACUUGCCGUUGUCUUUUGUGCCAUUGAUAAAUGUAUGGGAAUAAUAAAGCAAGGCUGCUAAAUAUAUCGUGGCAAUGGUCUAGUUUUGGCAUCAA